CUGAGAAAUUCGAUGCUGGAUGUUAAUAACUGAAGUUUAUGGAUAAUUGAUUAGCACUUCGAAACGGAACAUCUUAUUGUAUCCGAAAGGUCCAUGCACUUAGGCCAAGGCCACAGUUUAUGUCUCCUGCUUGUAUAAAACUGACCAGACACUGCUUUUUCCUCUUUCAAUCCUGAUUAACAGUUUAGGUAAAAAUGUCCCAUGAUUCAUCUUUUCAUUUAAAACCACUAUCAGCAUACUCACACAUGGUGUGCUCCAAGCAGCAGUACAAUGCCAACAGCCCGGUUUACAACAUACAAGUACACAUUUCCAAUAAAGAAGCCGGGGCACGUAAAAGACGGCUGGACGAUUCGUGUUUUGAUGAGACCUGCGAGACCCCCCUGAAAAGACAAUGCAUCACAAGAACAUUUUCCCCGGAUCAGGGAUACUUUUCCGUGGACUUCCAAACCAGAGUCCAGGGAUUCACACCCCUGCAGCCAUUAAUAAUAUCAAAAGACGUCACACCGCCUCGGUCAAAGGUCAGUCAGCCUGUGACCCCUGUUAUGUCCACCCCUCUGUCCAACUGCAAACAGAACCGGAUAGAUCAAGGCCGGGAGAGCCUUCCCUCCCCGAUACCGGUUCUGAAAUGGGACAGAGCGGAUCCUGCGGCCGAAAUAUCAUUGCGUGCGUCUCUAAACUUUGAUUUUUGCAGUUCUGUUUCUUUAGCUGGCUCUCAGAGACCCGUAAAGGGUGAGGUCAGGGAGGUCUCGCACGGUCUUAUCCCAAUCCAUGAAUCGAAAUCCCACAUCGUUCCCCCCGAAACUGUUGUCCCAGUGAAAGAGGAAGAAGUAGUGUCUGUCAGUCAACAGGCAGGUCCUGAGGUGAGUCUGGGAAAUGAAGAAACCACCGCAGAGAGCUUUGAGAGCACCCUGCCGCUUCAGGUCCAGGUUUGA